AUGUCUCAGCCAGAGAAUCUUUAUAUCGUCACGUCUGCCGAACAGUUUCAACAGCUCCUUUCGGCCGAUCUUGAGCGCAUAUCGCUCUUGAACUUCUGGGCAGAGUGGGCAGAGCCAUGCAAGGCCAUGAACGAGGUGGUCUUGGAGCUUGCUAGACAAAAUCCUCAGUUGUUGACUCUUCAGAUCGAGGCUGACUUCAAAGCCAACGAAGAUAUCGCCGAGUCGUUCAACGUUGAGUCGGUCCCUACUUUCCUGGUGCUAAAGGGGCAUAAUCUUCUCAGCAGAAUUGACGGUGCCGAUGGACCUGCUCUGACCGCAGCGAUUAAAGCACAUGCUCACACCGUGUCCCGUGGACUCGCGGCUUCAGAAAAAGCACCAGAAGCCCCAGCUCCCACACACGAGGAAACACCCGAAGAGUUGAACGAACGCAUGCGUGGGCUGAUGAACCAAAGCAAAGUUGUCCUAUUCAUGAAGGGCGUUCCUGAUGCACCACGAUGCGGUUUCUCUCGCCAGACUGUUGCCAUCCUUAGGGAGCAGAAUGUCGAAUUUACCCAUUUUGAUAUCUUGACAGACGAAAGUGUUCGACAAGGCACAUUUGAACAGGGAACGAAACUAGUUCCCUUUAUCUGCACACAAUUUCGCCAGAAGAGCGAAACACCGACCUCCGACUGCAGUGUCGAGAGUGGUCGUCCGUACGAGCUCUCUGAGCAACAUCUUUUCUACGUCACCUCCCGCAUCCCGUUCCGUCGACUUCGCGUCGUCUCGUUCCAUUUUGCGAUCAACUCUGUUGCUCCCGAAAUAGGCUUUCCUGGCCUCCCUCCUCUCCAUACCGGAACAACCGACGAAAUCAUAAACAACAAUGUUGCCAAGGCACUUUACGACACCGAGGACGAAGAGCCAAACGUCGAACGUGCCUUUUUUGCUGCUGAUUUAAGCAAAGUUCUCCUUCAGCACGAGCGCUGGCUCCGUUGCCUUCCUGGGGUGGAGCCCUUUUACGCCGUCAAAUGCAACCCCGAUCCAUACGUUCUCCGUCUCCUGUCCGCAUUAGGCACUGGGUUCGACUGUGCAUCCCAUGGAGAAAUCAGCCAGGUUUUGGGUCUUGGCGUAGAUCCAUCUCGUAUCAUAUUCGCAAACCCUUGCAAGGCUACUUCCUUCGUUCGUCAUGCCGCCAAGUCAGGAGUUGAUAUGAUGACUUUCGACAAUCAAGACGAACUGUUCAAGAUUGCUCGUGCCCAUCCGAAGGCUAAACUAGUUGUUCGGAUCCUUACCGACGAUUCGAAGAGCUUGUGCCGCUUGGGUCUAAAGUUUGGCGCACCUCUUGUCACCGUCCCCGGACUCUUGGCCAAAGCAAAGGAGCUUGGGUUGGAUGUAAUCGGCGUGAGCUUCCAUGUCGGCAGCGGCUGUUUCGACUCCAAUGCAUUUGCAGAUGCAGUAAUGCGCGCCCGUGCUGUAUUUGAGAUGGGUGCAGAAGUCGGAUACCGCUUCAGCCUACUUGAUGUUGGGGGCGGUUUUGAGGAUGGCAAUUUCGAGUCUACCGCACAGGUUUUGCGCGAUGCGCUGGUUCGGUAUUUUCCCGACCGCAGUAAUAUUCGCGUCAUUGCUGAACCUGGCCGAUUCUAUGUCUCUGGAGCCUUCUCCCUUGCAGCCAAUGUCAUCGCCCGCCGCGCUCGUGCCAGUGACGAUUUAAUCCCCACAGAUGCUACGGAGGAUACUGAACAGCCUAACAUUAUGUAUUACAUAAAUGAUGGAGUCUAUGGCGCAUUCAACUGCAUCAUGUUUGAUCACCAGCACGUUCAUCCUUACGUCAUUUCCCUCGGUAAAAAUUUGACCGGGCCGGUUGACCCCCACAAAGUUCCUCAAGCAGCAUGCAGCGUCUGGGGACCGACUUGUGAUUCCAUCGACUGCGUUUGCCCCGUGACGCGCCUUCCGGCUAAUCUCGUGGUGGGAGACUGGCUAGGCUUCCGGAACAUGGGCGCCUAUACCAUCUGUGCGGCCAGCCAAUUCAACGGGUUCGAGAGCAGUCGGGUUCACUAUACUUCUGGUGUGGGCGCGGAAUCCGCGGCUGUCCGCCGGGCGCUUGCAUCUCUUCCUGAUUGUGUUCACCUCUGA